AAAAUUCAUUUUUGACAGCGGUUGUCAUGAAACUGUGCAUGUCAUAGGGUUAUGUGUGACAAAACGUGUGUUCGAAAGUCAAAACAUUUUUUUUGGACUGCUUCCCGGACAUCGUGUAUACAAAAGUAAAUAAUGUCUGAAUCGGAAAGUGAAAACAAUUCAGAUCAAAACGAAAUUGAAUCAUCCGGCGAAGACGAGGCAUCAGACGUCGAUGACACAUUAAAUCCCGUCAAAACCGAAGAGGAAUCGGUUUCGUGGAAAGAUUUGGGUCUAAUAGACACGCUGUGCGAAGCAUGCCUUGAAUUGAAAUGGAAAGUUCCCAGCAAAAUCCAACGUGAAGCGAUACCAGUUGCACUCAAAGGGAAUGAUAUCAUCGGUUUGGCUGAAACGGGAUCUGGAAAAACGGGCGCAUUCGCUCUGCCUAUUCUACAAGCUCUGCUCGAAAGUCCGCAACGUUAUUUUGCAUUGAUCUUGACACCAACACGAGAACUUGCCUUCCAAAUUUCCGAACAGUUCGAGGCUCUGGGAAUAUCGAUUGGUGUAAAAUGUACGGUCAUUGUUGGUGGAAUGGAUAUGGUGUCUCAAGCUCUGCAGCUCGCCAAAAAACCGCAUAUUUUGAUCGCCACUCCCGGCCGCUUAGUUGAUCAUUUAGAGAAUACCAAAGGCUUCAAUCUCAAAGCCAUCAAAUAUCUCGUUAUGGACGAAGCGGAUCGAAUUUUGAACAUGGACUUCGAAGUUGAAUUGGACAAGAUAUUGCGAGUGAUACCACGUGACCGUCGUACGUUUCUGUUCAGUGCCACAAUGACGAAAAAAGUACGAAAACUUCAACGGGCCUCGCUCAAAGAACCGGUGAAAGUGGAAGUGUCGAAUCGCUUCCAAACUGUCGACAAACUGCAGCAGUACUACGUCUUCAUACCGGUCAAAUUCAAGGACGUUUAUCUGGUGCACAUUCUGAACGAAUUGGCCGGCAACAGUUUUAUGAUUUUCUGCAGUACGUGCAACAACACCGUUCGAACAGCAUUGAUGCUGCGAGCUCUGGGAAUGGCUGCUGUUCCGCUGCACGGUCAGAUGUCGCAGAAUAAACGUUUGGCUGCACUGAAUAAAUUCAAAUCGAAAACUCGAUCCAUUCUCAUAUCAACGGAUGUGGCGUCACGUGGUCUCGACAUUCCACACGUUGAUGUUGUGCUAAAUUUCGACAUUCCCAUGCACAGCAAAGACUACAUCCAUCGUGUCGGUCGAACAGCCCGUGCAGGUCGAUCCGGUAAGGCUGUCACAUUUGUCACUCAGUACGAUGUCGAAUUGUAUCAGCGCAUUGAACAUUUGCUGGGUAAACAGUUGCCGAAAUUCGAGUGCGAAGAGGACGAGGUGAUGGCAUUGCAGGAGCGUGUGAACGAAGCACAACGAACGGCCAAGUUGGAGCAGAAAGACAUUGAAGAUCGCAAGGGAAUGAAGAGGAAGGGUGGUGGUGGAGAUGAAUUCGAUGACACCGAACAAUUUACAGGAGCACGAAAACGUAUGAAGGGACCGCAAAAGGGCGGUGGUAAUUUUAAGAAAGGUGGCAAGAAGGGUGGAUUCAAGAAACGUUAAUAAAGUUCUGUUUGUUUACAAG